CGCAGCUUCAUUCUGAAAAUAAAUAAAUAAAUAAGAUUCAUAAGUUCCAAUUUAGUGAUUUAAUUUCACUUACUCCAAUUCCACUUAGGUUGGUUCCAUGUUCACAGAGCCCACGUGAAAUCAGUGCAGGUCCAUGGUGCAGACUAGAGUAGUGUGUGUCUCCCUCCCUCCUUCGUGCACCCGGAGUGGAGGAUCCUGUCAGACCAGCGCAGACACAGACACAGCAUGGCCGCAGACCGGUGUGGGAGUCCCCCUCUGGACCACGGAACAGGCGGCGACCAGGCUCCGGAGUUUGACCCGGAGUUUGACGAGCUGCAUGGAGGCAACAUACCCAAGAGACACGCGCGGGUUACGGUCAAGUACAACCGAAAAGAGCUGCAGAGGAGACUGGACGUGGAGAAGUGGAUCGACGAGUGUCUAGACCAGCUGUACUCUGGACAGGAGAGUGAUAUGCCAGAGGAGGUUAACAUUGAUGAACUUAUCGAGAUGCCAAAUGAUGAAGAAAGAGUAAAGAAAUUACAGGAAGUUUUCCAAAAAUGCCCUAAGAACACAGAGAGCUUCAUCAGAGAGCUGGUGGAGAAACUGGAGGGGAUGCACAAACAGGAGGAGUUGCAGACUCUCGGCAUCGAGCAUCCAGUCAUCUCCCACGGCCACUAUCGCCACGAGCCGUACCACUUCAACCACCCCCAUCAACGGGGCCCCAACAAGACCCUUUAGGACUCAAUCACGCACUGAGGACCCCCUCUGGACUUACACACAGUCUUAAUUGAACAUGUAUUUAUUUUAGCUUUCAUAACAGGGGUGGCUCAGGAGGGUUGUGCUGUGACAGUCCCCUCUUGUGUGACCAAUGUACCUCCAUAUUAACCCCAAAUAUUUUUGCUUCUUUUUCAUGGGGCAUCCAAUCUCAACUAAAAAUAUUCAAAUGGCAUACAGUUAGUGUUCAAAAUAGGGCUGAAAUUAUUAAUUUUAUAUAAUUGUUGACUGAUCAUUGUUAUCUGGCUUAUACAGACUGUAAAAUGCAUGUUAAAAGAUGUUUCCUGAUGAAGACAGAGGCAUUACUAAAUAAAAAUGUAUAAACAAAUAAUUCAUGGUUUCCAUUAGAAGGGGGGAUUGUACAACAUUUUUAAAGCUGUCUAUCAUGUUAUAACAUUCCCUAAUCAAAAACAUGUUCCACCAUUAAAAGGCUCUAAAUGUCAUAUGUGAGCCCCCCCAUGGAAGACCCCCCCAGCCCCUCCGAGCUGGAGCUGCCCCUGCAUAAUACAUGUAUAGUCUGUGUAGUCUGUGACAACUUGACAAGCCUUUGUAAAUGAAAUAUCCCAGAAAAUAAUCAUCUUAAAAUAUACUGCAGAUUAACCACAAUUUUAUGCUUUGUGCCAUUUCUGCAAUCAAUUAGCAAUUAGCAACCACAAAAAUUAAUUUAUUAUGAAAGAUAUUGGCAAGCACAAGUUUAAGUGUAGAUCUUCCUUGUAAGCAAGAUGAAUUGAUUUGUACUAUACAGAUACAUUUGACCUUUUGACCAAGCAUGCAACCGUGAACAUGCUCCCUAGUAUUAAUAACUUUAAUAAGAUUGUGUAACCCUGAAUUGUUUUAUUUAGUUAUAGUUUAUAGACAUUGAUUUUUACUAACAGAA